UGCGGCCAUGGUGGCGGUGGGGCGGCGCGUCGCUGUGCUUUGCUUUGCCUCCGGUUGCUCUGCGUUGGUUGAGUUCCGGCGUGUUGCGUUGAUCUGCGUCGCUCUGCGUUGAGUUGCUCCGCGUCGCUUCGCUCUCCAUCGCGUUGCUCCGUGCUGCGUUGCUCUGCAGAUGGCUGAGGACGGCACCGCGGUACCAUGGGAGCUGCCCGGCUGCGUGGUCAGUGUGUCGGACCCCUCGGAGCCGGACGUGGAGCCAAGCAGUUGCAGCGGGGCCAUCCUGUGCCGCAGCCCGGGCCUGGUGCUGUGCCCUGCUGCCAUCUUGGUGCCCUUCCUGCAGCCCGACGUCACCGCCUGGCCCCAUGGCGAUGCCCUGCCACCCUCGGCGUUGCGGCCCGGGCUGCACAUCUCGGUGCUGCAGGCUGCCCCACCACCUGACACCGUGCAGCAGCACGUCGCGUGCCCGCUGGUCCUGCUGCGCUGCGAUGCCUUCGCCCGCGCACUGCCUGGCAUGCUCAGCAUGGCCGAGGAGAGCACCGAGGCCCUGCCCUGGUUCUGCUGGCUGCGGGUGCCCGGCCUGGACACACCUGGCGGUACCUGGACGCCCUGGGCCCCGGCAGCCACGCUGCACAAGGGCGCGGCGCUGCUGACCUGCGGGACGCCCUUCGGUGCGCUCUGCCCCGAGCUCUUCCUCAAUGCGCUGAGCACCGGUGUGCUGAGCAAUGCCGCCGGGCCUCACCGCGCCCUGCUGCUCACCGAUGCACGCUGCCUGCCCGGCACUCAGGGUGGGCCCGUCCUCGCCCUCUCGCCCGCAUCUUCCCCGCCGCGCCUCGUGGCCGUCGUUGCUGCCACUGCCGGCUGCCAGGGCGUCCAGGGGCUGGGGCUGGCGCUGCUCUGCUCCCUGCACGCCCUCCUGCAGAGUGCCCGCGGAGUGCUGCCCGAGCUCGGCAGCCUGCCUCCGCCACUGCCGCUGCCCGAGGCCCACGGCGCCCCAGCACUGUGCUGCGCCGUGCUGGUAGAGAGUGGGAGCAGCUGGGGGUCGGGCACGCUGGUGGCCCCGCGGCUGCUGCUCACCUGCCGGCAUGUGCUGCAACGGGGCGCCCCGCUGCGCAUCACCCUGCGGCACAGCACCACAUGUGACACUAUCCUGCAGGCCCGCCUGGUGUUUGCCACGACUGAGGCGUCCCCCUUUGACGUGGCAGUGCUGGAGCUGCAGGACAGCGUGCCCAGCUUCCAGCCCCCUGACCUUGCCACCACUUUCCAACCCGGGGAGGCAGUGCUGGCGCUGGGCUUUGGGGCGCUAGGCCGUGCGUGUGGCCCCUCAGUGACAGGGGGUGUGCUGUCGGCCGUGGUGGGAACCCCCCCGGUGAUGCUGCAGAGCACCUGCGCCGUGCAUGCUGGCUCCAGUGGCGGCCCCCUGCUCUCUGCUCGCGACGGAUGCCUGCUAGGCAUCGUGGCCAGCAACGUGCGGGACAAUGCCGCAGGGACCACCUACCCACACCUCAACUUCUGCAUCCCCAUCUCCUUGCUGCGCACACCUCUUGCCCGCUAUCGCUGCAGCGGGAACCCUGCUGCCUUCGCCCCACUCAAUGCUGCCAGCAAGGGGGCACAGGCAGCAUGGCGGCUGCAGCAGCGGCCCCCCAGCAAGCUGUGACCCCUCCCCCAGAAUUGGAGUGCUUCCAUAAAAGCCCUCUUCUGAGC